CCUUUCACAAGAGACGUUUCUCCAGUUGUGCCAAAGAGAAAAUUCAAACCGCGGGGGUCAAAGGUAUCAUAGCCUUCAAAUAACUUUGGGGAGCCUCAGAACCGAGCGUGGUAAUUAAUGCAAACCCUUAAACCAAAAGGCCCACUUGUCAACAGGUGAAGGAGGUAAACGUGCGAGAAGGUCUUGUGGCUGAAAUCGCCCUGCCCACCAGCCAGGACGAGCCUGAGAAAUCCUGGGAAUUAGAAACGAGGAGGAAACGAGACAGAAGGCAAGCAGUCACCCGCGCGUUCUCAAAAAGAGGAGCCUGGUGGUGGUUUAUUAACCGUGUGCGGUGGAGUCUCUGGCGAGUACCCUGACGCGUCGCCCCGCCCAGCCUCGCCUCGCCUUCCUUCCCUCAGCUCUGGAUGGUCCCAGCGCCCGGGGCAGCUGAACUCCGGACACCGCCGGCCGCAGGACCUCAUUGGUCACCUAGGCAGAGGAUGAAGGUGAAAGGCAGGGGAGUCCACCUACUGGUCUCUUUUACUGUGAUCUGCUUGGUGGUGGCCCCAGGGGCCAGGGCCUGUCCUCGCCGCUGUGCCUGUUACCUGCCUACAGAGGUACACUGCACGUUUCGGUACCUGACCUCCAUCCCAGACGGCAUCCCUCCCAAUGUGGAACGUAUCAAUUUAGGGUACAACAGUUUGGUUCGGUUGACAGAAUCAGAUUUUUCUGGCCUGAACAAGUUGGAGUUACUAAUGCUGCACAGCAAUGGCAUUCACACAAUCCCUGCUAAGACCUUCUCAGAUUUGCAGGCUUUGCAGGUCUUAAAAAUGAGCUAUAACAAAGUUCGAAAACUUCAGAAGGACACUUUUUAUGGUCUCAGGAGCUUGACACGAUUGCAUAUGGACCACAACAAUAUUGAGUUUAUAAACCCAGAGGUUUUUUAUGGACUCACCUCUCUCCGACUGGUGCACUUAGAAGGAAACCAGCUCACUAAGCUUCAUCCAGAUACAUUUGUUUCCUUGCGCUACCUCCGGAUAUUUAGAACAUCUUUCAUUAAGUACCUCUACUUGUCUGAUAACUUUCUGAGCUCCAUCCCUCAAGAGAUGGUCUCCUAUAUGCCUGACCUGGAAAGCCUUUAUCUUCAUGGGAAUCCCUGGACCUGUGAUUGUCAUUUGAAAUGGUUGUCCAACUGGAUUCGGGAGAAGCCAGAUAUAAUAAAAUGCAAAAAAGACAGAAGUCCUUCCAGUCCUCAGCAAUGUCCACUUUGCGUGAACCCCAGGACCUCUAAAGAUGAGCCCUUGGUUAUGGUCCCAGCUUCAGCUUUCCUGUGUGCCAAGCCAAUCAUUGACCACUCCCUGAAAACGAAGAACCUGACUCUUCUGGAAGACAGUGGUUCUGUGUCCAUUUCUCCCCAAGAUUUCAUGACGCCCUUUGGCUCCCUGGCUUUGAAUAUGACAGACCAAUCUGGAAAUGAAGCUAACAUGAUCUGCAGUAUCCAAAAGCCCUCAAUGACAUCAUCCAUGGCAUUCACUGAAAGAAAUGACUACAUCACACUAAAUGCAUCAUUUUCAACAUUUCUGGUGUGUAACAUAGAUUAUAGUCACAUUCAGCCAGUGUGGCAAGUUCUGGCUUUGUACAGUGACUCUCCUCUGGUACUAGAAAGGAGCCACUUACUCACAGAAACACCAAAACUCUGCUACAAAUAUAAACAAGCAGUUCCUAAGCCUGAAAACAUCUUUACCAACAUAGAGGCUGAUCUCAGAGCAGAUCCCCCUUGGUUAAUGCAAGACCAAAUUUCCUUACAGCUAAACAGAACUGCCACCACAUUCAGUACAUUACAGAUCCAGUACUCCAGUGAGGCCCGAAUCACUUUACCAAGGGCUGAGAUGAGGCUAGACAAAUACAAAUGGACCAUGAUUUCCAGGGAUAACCAUACUAAGCUGGAACAUACUGUAUUGGUUGGUGGGACUAUUGGCCUAGACUGCCCAGGCCAAGGAGACCCUCCCCCACAUUUGGAGUGGCUUCUAGCUGAUGGAAGUAAAGUGAGAGCCCCUUAUGUUAGUGAAGAUGGACGGAUCCUGAUAGACAAAAGUGGGAAACUGGAACUCCAGAUGGCUGAUAUUUUUGACACAGGCAUAUACCACUGCAUAAGCACCAAUUAUGAUGAUGCAGACUUUCUCACCUAUAGGAUUACCGUGAUAGAGCCCUCCAUAGAACCCUAUCAGGAAAAUGGGGCUCAUCAUAUAGUUCCUAGUGGUGAAACACUUGACCUUCCCUGCCAUUCUACAGGUAUCCCAGAUGCCUCUGUAAGCUGGGUUCUUCCAGGAAACAGUGUGCUCCAGCAGUCCUCAAGAGAUAAGAAAAUUCUUAACAAUGGCACAUUAAGAAUAUUACAGGUCACUCAAAAAGACCAGGGUCAUUAUCGUUGUGUAGCAGCCAACCCAUCAGGGGUCGAUUUUUUAAUUAACCAAGUUUCAGUCCAAGUAAAAGGGCAAAGACCAGUGGAACAUAAUGUAGAAAUGGAUGGAUCUGGGUUUGAUGAGCCCAGUUCCAUUGCUCAGCUUAAGGAUCCACCAGCCACACAACUCCCCACAUCUGCCCCAAAAGGAGCUGAGGCUGGAACACAAGUCUUGAGCACAAGUAAGAAUCAUAGGCAUCGGGUGUUAAUACACCAACGGCGUGGAGAGGCAACCAGCCACCGUUCCAAGGAGCACAGGAGGCGGUUCCCUCCCUCUGCCAGGAGAAUUGACCCACAGCACUGGGCAGCACUUUUGGAGAAAGCUAAAAAGAAUACCAUGCCAGAGAGGCAAGAAAAUACUACAGCAAAGCCACUUCCACCAGUCACCCAACUCCUGGAAACACCUAGUGAGGAAGUAGACUCUUCAGGCAUGCUCCCUCCAGAUGAGGAGGUUCUGGCAGCUAAAGCUCCCGGUGUUCUGGCAAGGACAGCAACUGCUGAUUCCAGCAAAUCAUCUGAGAGCCCUGUGACAAGUAUAGCUGCUGCCCCCAAAGUCUCCCCAGUUGUGAGUCCACAGAUACUACCACCUGAAAAACCAACAAAUUCCAAACCAUCUACUACUAUUAAAACUAAGGCUGUGUCAAAGAAUACAAACCCAGCCACAUCAGGCAAAAUGCAAGGUACAACCAACCACAAUUUAUCUAGUGUGUUUCCUCUGCCACUUGAAGCAACUCACUUUCAGGAUGCGGACAACAUGGGGAGGAAAAGAAAAUACUUGCAAAGUGCACCCCCGAUAACCGUAGGGGCUCCUACAGUAAAAAAUAUCCAUGUCGAAAUGCUUAAUAGUGCCAACGGCAAAGCUGAUACAGUUUUAGGGUCAGUAAAUGCCACGAAUAGUCAUCAGUCAUCUGUAACAGGAGUUAGUGAUCCCAGAAGCAAUCACUCCCACACUACUAAAAAACCUAGCACUUCUAAGCUCCACUCAGGCCCAUACACUACUGCUCAUUCUCAGCUACACAUUCCUAGAAAUAGUACAGUCAAUAUUCCUCUGUCCAGACGCUUUGGAAGACGGAGGAAAAUUUGGAGCAGGGGGCGGAUUAUCAGCCCAUAUAAGACUCCAGUUCUCCGAGAGCACAGAUACAGCUUUGUGAGGCCAACAUUCAGAGCUGCUUCUGAAGAAAGCACCACUGCAUUUUCGGCCACAGAGCUCAAUGUGGUAUGCCCAUCCUGUUCUCCCAGCCAGAGGUUCACCACUGCUGCAACAGCAUUGCCUUUUCCAAGGUCUUCUCCCAUUACCCUCCCCAAAGCUAAAAUUUCCAGAGUCACAGCAGAAGAAUCUACAACUCUAGUCCACAGUCCAUCAUUACUAUUUGAGAACAAACCACAUAAAGAUGUUGAGAAAACAACACCUACGAUAAAAUAUUUCAAUGCUGAAAGUAUACAAGUGAUUCCAGCUAGUGCAGUUACAACUCAUGCCCCAACAGCCAUAUCCAUGGAAAACACCCAUGGAACAAAUAUUAGUUACCCAAGUGUGUCUAACACUAGUGAAGCUAAAAGAGAUUCAAUGAUUAUAUUUCCACUUCCAGGUCCCACCAUCAAGCCACUUAUGCCUACUACUAUAGCCAUUACAAGAUUUUCAAGAAAGAAAAUUCCUUGGCAUCAGAUCUUUGUAAAUAACCAUAUCCAAAGAGAAAAGCUAAGGAAUCAGCAUAAAUUUGAUUCACACAAAAGCACAGACAGGAUGCUCCCUAAAACAUCUCCUGCUUUACUCACAGCUUCCCCCUUACAUUUUACAACACUCUCAGCAAGUGUGAUGCAGAUUCCAUCGGUAACAUCUGCUAAAGUUCAUCACAGUACCGUUAAAACACAUAGUCCUCUAAGUCCUCCAGCAGCGAAAGAUCUGCCCUUCCCACCCAUUUACCCUAUACCUCCUAGUAUCUUAAGUAAAGCAUCCAGUACAAACUUCAUACCAAUGCAAAUAGCCACACUGACAGCUACUCCUUCUCCCCCUGCAUCUGUCAUUAUCACUAAAACCCAAAUAGCCAGACUUAGGACACAAAAAGUACAAAGGAAAAAAGAACCUCAUAAUAGGACUUCCGGCUUCAUUAUAUCCACCACUAUGCCACCUCCUGUUCUAACCACAGCUGAAACUUCAACCAAGCCCAGUAUGUCUGCUUUCACUCAUUCUUCUCUAGAAACUAUAAAGGAAACGUCAAGCACAGUUGAUCUUCAUGCAAGAACUUUUACUCUGACAGAUGUACUUGAAGAACCACUGCAGGAGAAUACUCAGACUUUAAAGAGCAGAACUGCUUCUGAAACCACUCUGUCCAGCAAACUACACCAGAAUACCAUGGCUAGGGAGACAACCAUUAGACAUUCAACCAUGCCACCUGUCCUGAGCACCAGUGCCACUCCAAUGCCAAUUUCCACCUCCCCUCCCUUGAGUAAUCAAAUUGCCGUUACUGACAAUAUGGCAACUCCCAUUUUCAGGAUAACAACAAGUACAAUAGUCAAGCCACAUGAAUCCCUGAGGCACAAUGCUAAUCCACAGCAAAUCACAGAAACAUCUCCCCCAAUUCACCCAAAUGCCAAGUUUGCCCUUGGAACCACCCACUUUAUCUACUCCAAUCUGUUACAUUCUACUCCUAUGCCAGCACCAAUAACCGCUAAACCACAGAAUUCUAAGUUGACUCCUUCUCCCUUGUCAGAAAACCACUUUUGGCACAAGUCAUACCCAGAAAUUGCUGAAAAGGGCAAAAAGCCAGUAGUGAGCAUACUGCCCACACCAGAGGACACCACUCAUCCUUCAUAUUGGGAUAUACAGAAGAAUGCAAAGAAAAGUGAUAGGAAAACAGUUCAAAAAAUAACUUCCAGACUCCUUCCCUUUGACUCUUUGUCUAGGAAUAUAUUUGAAAGGCCCAGAAUAGUUGGAGGAAAAGCGGCAAGUUUUACUGUUCCAGCUAAUUCUGAUGCCUUUCUUCCUUGUGAAGCUGUUGGAAAUCCUGAGCCCACUAUCCACUGGACCAAAAUCUCACCAGGACUUGAUUUGUCUAAAAGGAAUGAGAAUAGCAGGUUCCAGGUGCUCCCCAAUGGCACCCUGUCCAUACAGAAGGUGGACAUUCAGGACCGUGGACAGUACCUGUGCUCAGCAUCCAAUAGCUUUGGCACAGACCGCCUUCAUGUCACCUUGUCCGUGGUUUCCUAUCCCCCCAGGAUCCUGGAGAGACGUACUAAAGAGAUCACAGUGCAUUCCAGAAGCACAGUGAAAGUGAAAUGCAGAGUUGAAGGUAGGCCAAGCCCUACAAUUUCUUGGAUUCUUGCAAACCAAACAGUGGUCUCUAAAUCAUCCGAGGGGAAUGGGCAGGCCCUGGUGAUGUCUGAUGGAACAUUGGUCAUCCACAAUAUCAGUAUUUAUGACCGGGGCUUUUAUAAAUGCAUGGCCAGCAACCCAGUGGGCCAGGAUUCACUGCUGAUUAAAAUACAAGUCAUUGCAGCCCCACCUGUUAUUCUGGAGCAGAAGAGGCAAGUUAUUACAGGGGCCUGGGGUAAAAGUUUGAAACUGCCCUGUACUGCAAAAGGAACUCCUCAGCCUGGUAUUCACUGGGUCCUCUCUGAUGGCACUGAAGUGAAACCAUUACAGUUCAUCAAUUCCAAGUUCUUAUUUUCAAAUGGAACUCUGUUGAUAAGAAACAUGGCCUCUUCAGAUACGGGCACUUAUGAAUGCAUUGCUACCAGCUCCACUGGCUCAGAGCGAAGGGUGGUAAUUCUUACAGUGGAAGACCAGGAGACCAUCCCCAGGAUAGAAUCUGCAUCUCAGAAAUGGACUGAGGUGAAUUUGGGGGACAAACUACUACUGAACUGCUCAGCCAUUGGGGAACCAAAACCAAAAAUAAUCUGGAGGCUACCAUCCAAGGCUGUCGUUGACCAGUGGCACAGAAUGGGCAGCCGAAUCCAUGUCUAUCCAAACGGAUCCCUGCUUAUUGGAUCAGUAACAGAAAAAGACAGUGGGGACUACUUGUGUGUGGCCAGAAACAAAAUGGGGGACGACCUGACCCUGAUGCAUGUCAGCCUGAGAUGGAAACCUGCCAAAAUUGACCACAAGCAACAUUUUAGAAAGCAAGCGUUUCACGGGAAAGACUUCCAAGUGGAUUGCAAGGCUUCCGGCUCGCCACUGCCCGAGAUAUCCUGGAGUCUGCCCGAUGGGACGGUGAUAAACAACGCCAUGCAGGCCGAUGACAGCGGCCUCAGGAACAGGAGGUUCACCCUCUUUGACAACGGAACCUUAUACUUCAACAAAGUUGGUAUGGCAGAGGAAGGAGAUUAUACCUGCUAUGCCCAGAAUACGCUAGGGAAGGAUGAGAUGAAAGUUCACCUAACGGUCAUAACAGCUGCCCCACGGAUCCGGCAGGGUUCUAGGGCCAACACGAGAGUCAAGGCUGGAGACACGGCCGUCCUUGACUGUGAGGUCAUUGGGGAGCCCAAGCCAAAAAUUUUUUGGUUGCUGCCUUCCAGUGAUGUGAUUUCAUUCUCUCAGGAUAGGUACACAUUUCAUCCCAAUGGGUCUUUGUCCAUCAGCAAAGUGAAACUGCUCGAUUCCGGAGAGUAUGUGUGUGUGGCCCGAAACCCCAGUGGGGAUGACACCAAAAUGUCCAAACUGGACGUUGUCGCCAAGCCUCCAUUAAUCAACGGUCUGUACACAAACAAGACUGUCAUGAAAGCCACGGCCGUGAGGCAUUCCAAAAAACACUUUGACUGCAGAGCCGAAGGGACGCCGUCUCCUCAAAUCAUGUGGAUCAUGCCAGACAAUAUUUUCCUCACAGCUCCAUACUAUGGGAGCAGAAUCACGGUCCAUAAAAAUGGGACCUUGGAAAUUAGGAAUGUGAGGCUUUCAGAUUCAGCCGAUUUUACCUGUGUGGCUCGGAAUGAAGGCGGAGAGAGUGUGCUGGUGGUACAGCUGGAAGUACUGGAAAUGCUGAGAAGACCAACAUUCAGAAAUCCAUUUAAUGAGAAAAUAGUUGCCCAGCUUGGAAAGCCCACAGCGCUGAAUUGCUCUGUUGAUGGAAACCCGCCACCUGAGAUAAUCUGGAUUUUACCAAAUGGCACACAGUUUCCCAAUGGACCCCCAAAUUCUCAGCAUCUGAUAGCAAGCAAUGGUUCUUUUAUCAUUUAUAAAACAACUCGAGAUGAUGCAGGAAAAUAUCGGUGUGGGGCAAGAAAUAAAGUUGGCUAUAUUGAGAAGUUAAUUGUAUUAGAAAUUGGCCAGAAGCCAAUUAUUCUCACUUAUGCACGAGAAACAGUUUACUGUAUCAGCGGGGAUUCCCUGUCGUUGCACUGUGUCUCCAAUGGAAGCCCUAAGCCACACAUCAAAUGGACUGUGCCAAGUGGUUAUGUAUUAGACAGGCCUCAAAUUAAUGGAAAAUACAUAUUUCAUGAAAACGGCACCUUAGUCAUCAAAGACGCCACCGCUUAUGACAGAGGGAACUACAUUUGUAAGGCUCAAAAUAGUGUUGGCCACGCUGUGAUUACUGUUCCAGUAAUGGUUGUAGCCUACCCUCCCCGAAUAACAAAUCGCCUACCCAGGAGCAUCCGCACAAGGACAGGAGUGGCUCUUCAGCUCCCCUGUGUGGCCUUGGGAGUCCCCAGGCCAGAAGUCACAUGGGAGAUGCCUGACCACUCUCUGUUCUCAGGGGCAGACAUUGGGAGGAUGAGUGGAAUUCAGUCUUUUCACCCACGUGGCACCCUAGUCAUUCAGAAUCCGCAAACCUCGGAUUCUGGGAUAUACAAAUGCACAGCAAAGAAUCCACUUGGCAGUGAUUAUGCAACAACUUAUAUUCAAGUAAUCUGACAUAAAAGAAAACUGGCUUGAACAAAGUCAUCUGGACAGAAUUUAUUUUUUGGAAGAAGUUUAAUCAAAGGCAGCCAUAGGCAUGUAAAUGAAUUUGAAUACAUUUACAAUAUUAAAUUUAUAAUAGACAUGCAAAAAAAAGGACUUGUAAAUAAUGCAUUAUGAACUGAUUUUUUUUUUUUUUAAUGGAUCUCAAAACAAACUUUUAACUUAAGGCACUUUUAUUUUGCCAACAAGUAACAAUGAACAUUGAGAAAACUGUCCACCAUAAAAUAACAAAUGGCUAAUGACCUGAAUUCAUUAUUAAAGAAUGGACUUUUUUUUUUCCUUUCACUACCAUUUGCCUAGAGUCCAUCAUCUAUCAAUGUCACAAGCAUGGCACUGAGGAAAGACACAAUGGAAACAAAUUUGCAGUCUUGAUGUAAAUUUGCCAUCUUGAUGUAUAAAUAUUGUGGUUGGUUUAUAAAUAUAUUUUAUGCAGAAAAUAA